GGCCCAGCACGUGCCCCCGCUUGGCGCCUGCCCGUGGGUCUCCCAGCCCGGCUCCUGCUGCCUCCCACCAGGCACCUCGGGCCGCGGUGGGCUCACUUCUAGUCUGGGGGUGAUGUCGGGGACACCCCCUUGAUCAAUGCUGCCAACAUUCCUGCCCUGAGUGCACCUGGCCUCAGGGAGCAGAGCACCUGGGGGCCCCCCUGCAGACAAGGGGGCCGUGUGCCCCCCUCAGGGACGGGACCUGCGGGCAGAGGGCUCGGCUCACCGCCGCCUCCUUCCCACCCCAGGGAGCAGCCAUGCUCAUCUCGGCCGCCUCCGUGGCCCCGGGGACGGCUGGGCCGUGUCGCCCGGGGCAUCCCGGACCUCCACCACCUCUGUUGCCCAAGCCGGGAAAAGACAACCUGCGCCUGCAAAAGCUGCUGAGGAAGGCGGCCCGGAAGAGGAUGGGCGGGGGCGGGCCCACCGCCCAACCCGGGGCUUUCCGCACCUCCCUGUCCCCCGUGAGCGAGGCCAGCCACGACCAGGAGGCCCCGAGCCCACGUCCCACAGAGGCCCCGCGUCCAGCAGAGGCCCCGCAUCCGGCUGAAGCCCUGCGUCCCACAGAGGCCCCGCGUCCAGCAGAGGCCCCGCGUCCCAUAGAGGCCCCGCGUCCGGCUGAGGCCCUGCAGGCUGUAGCUGCCACGCCCCGUUGCCCCCCGACACCUGUCAUCCACCACGUGGCCUCCCCCACACAGAGGUCCACGUUCUCCUUCAGCCUUGCCCAGCGCAGGAGCCUGGCUUCCCACUUCAGGGCCACGGGCCCCCAGCUCGCAGCCCCAGCCCCGGAGCUCGCCUGGUGCCCCAGCGGCUUCGCCCAGGUCCCGGCCCCUGCAGCGAGGGGCCGCCACGUCAGCCAAGUGCAAGUCCGGCUGGCGCCAUCGCCACAGGCCGGGACCCCCGAGCCCCCCCCGGCAGCCCCCCAGGAUCAGUACACGGCCCCCCGCCCUCCCGGGGCUCAGCCCCUGAUCCCUGUGGCCCACAUCCGCCCACUGCCCACUGGGACGCAGGCGGCCAGCCCCCGGCCUGCGGCAUCCCCAGUGCCCAGGCCUCCCCCUGGCCUGCAGGCCUCGGUGCCCAGGGAGGCUGGCACCCGGGUGGUGGUGCCCGUCGCCCCCACCUACCAUUCGCCAGGGCCCUCGCCUUUCAGGCCAGCCUCUGGGACCCCCGAAGCUGGGCGCCUGGAGGAGCCCCCCGCGGCUGGCCCUGCUGAGGCCGAGAGAGUCUCCAGCCCCCGCGGCGCCUCGCCCCCCACCCCUUCGGCAGGCCCCCAGCCCUGCCUGGCCCCCAGAGCCGCAGCCAGGUCCCAGCUCAGCGGCUGGACGCGCCUGAAGCAGCAGCUGCUGGAGGAGCCGGAGGAGCCCCAGUUCCCGGGGCCGGAGCCCAGCCCGGGGCAGGUGGGCCAGGGCGGGAGUGCCCUCGCCAGCCCGGCGCCCCGGCCCCCCGCCUCCCGGGCCUCCAAGAUGUGGGAUGCGGUGCUCUACCGCAUGUCGGUGGCCGCGUCCCGCGGCGGCCAGGCGGGGCCCGGAGCCGGGGCACCUACCCUGGCCGGCCUCAGUCGCCUGCCUUUCCUUUAUCGGCCUCGCUUCAACGCCCGCAAGCUGCAGGAGGUGGCCGCCCGACCCCCUCCCGUGACCUCCCCGGUCCUGGUCCUGAACCCCCAGCCCAAGAACUUCAACCGGACGGCGGCCGGCUGGGGGCUCCACUGA